CUGCACCGCACCACUGCAUAUCACCCCCAGGCUAACGGAUUGUGUGAGCGGUUUCACCGGUCCAUGAAGGCGUCACUGCGUGCCGGCUUGAUAGACGGCAACUGGGUGGAUAAGCUCCCGUGGGUUAUGCUCGGCCUCAGGUGUGCCCCCAAAGAAGACCUGCAGUCCUCGUCGGCGGAGCUCGUCUAUGGUCAGACGCUACGGGUCCCUGGGGAAUUCAUUCCCACCGCCACUGUGCCCUGGUCUGCAGCCGGGCAGCGCUCCUCCCUGCUGGAGACCGCCGGGACAUUCACGCCCGUCCCCACGUCGCAGCACAGCAACCCAUCUUUCCGGGUGUCCCCCGGAUUACGGUGGGCCGAUUUCGUUUUUAUUCGCCACGACGCCCACCGCGGUCCCCUGCGGCCCCCUUACGACGGUCCGUUCAGGGUCAUACGUCACGGGGACAAGAGCCUGGUGGUGGACGUUGGUGGCAGGCCUGAGACUGUGUCCGUUGAUCGGAUUAAGCCUGCUCACGUGGACAUUUCCAGGCCGUUGGAGUUGGCUCUGCCCCCACGUCGGGGCCGCCCUCCCAUGGCCCGCUCCCCGCCCCCUGUGGGGAUGCCCUCGUUGGUGCCCCUGCCCUCGCCUGUGGCCCCGCCCGCCUCGGCCCCUGUGGUCCGUACGCGCCGGGGUCGGGUGGUACUUCCUCCCAGGCACGAGGAUUUUGACUAUGGGUGAAUACUGGGGGGGCUUGUGUGGUGAUUGACAUUAUUCACCCAC